AUGAUUGCCUUUGAGCCGGUCAGGCUGGUCGGUUGCGAAGAGCGGUACGUCAUCGGCAAGAUGCUUGGGCAAGGCAAGUAUGGCCAGGUUUACAAGGCCGUCUGCAUGCAGAGCGGCGUGCGUAUGGCGGUCAAGGUUCUGCCGCUUGCCGACGAGACGACGCGCGCGUCGGCGAUGCAGGAGCUCGCCAUCAUGCGCCGCAUCGACCACCCGCACGUCGUCCACCUCGCAAACUAUUUCGAAACAGCCAACUCGGCGCAGCUCGUCAUGGAGUGGCUGCCUGGAGGUGACCUCUACGCACAGCUCAUCGAGCGCUUCUCGCCCGAGCCAUUCGGCGUCAACUCGUACUCCGAGUCGCAGAUCCGCAGCCUGACCUUCAUGGCCCUCUCCGGGCUGCAGGCCCUGCACGAGCUCCGCAUCGUCCACCGCGACAUCAAG